UUUUUUUAUGUUUGUUCCUUUCACUCUGAUCACAAUUCGCACUCCCACUAAACAAGAUGCUAGAAAAAGAUCUUUUUGCGGGUGUUGUCACUAGUCUAUGUUUUCAUAGUGAAAAAGUCAUUGUUGUUGGUCAUGGUCCAUUUCUCAAACUAUACAAUGUCCUUACUGGAAAACUCUUAACUUGUCAAGAAGUCUUACCAAAUAACCGUAUCCAUCGUAUUACUUUUGUCCCCAAGAUUGACAUCAAUCAAGGCACUGAGACUAGAAUGAUGGCUGUAUAUGGAUCCAAAUAUAUUGCUAUUGUGAAAAUAACCAUUGUCGAAGACGAAGAUCACGCAAGUAUCGACAUUAUCGAAUCACUUGGCCCUUUUUGCGAUUGGAUCUUGGAUGUACAAUGGUUGAAAGUUGGAGUAAGUCAUCCGAGUGAUCAUAUCAAGGUGGAAGGAGAACCAUGAAUAUAUAAUAAUGUAUACUGAC